AAGCUGGAGUCCCCGUGGAGUCAGCGGGCGUGGGCCCCGCGGAAAGCCCAGGCAUUGGGCACCGUGCCAAGUGCCGGCGACCAGGCGGUGGAGGAGGAAGCGCGGCUCGAGACGCCCUCCAUGCCCGCCACGGGGCAUGUCUUCCAGGGCCUUCGGGCCAGAGGCACGGGGAAGAUGCUCGAGGUCCUGGUGCUUAAGGUUGAAGAUCCAGAUUGCUUCUGGGUUAUUAUAAAAGGCUAUAGUACCUUUUUGGAUCAUGAAGUCGACUAUCAAAAACUAAAUAAAGCCAUGAAUGACUUCUACAACAGCAUGUGUAAAGAUAUAGAAAUAAAACCGUUAAUGUUGGAAGAAGGACAGGUCUGUGUUGUUUACUGUCGGGAACUGAAGUGCUGGUGCAGGGCUGUCAUUAAGUCCAUCAUGUCUUCAGCAGACCAUUACCUGGCAGAGUGCUUCCUUGUGGAUUUCGCCAAGUACAUUCCAGUAAAAUCUAAAAACAUCCGGGUUGCAGUGGAAUCCUUUAUGCAGCUUCCCUACAGAGCAAAAAAAUUCCGACUGUACUGCACGAAGCCUGUUACGUUACACAUUGACUUCUGCGAGGAUAGCACCGAGUUUGUACCUGCCAAGAAGUGGGACAGUGCUGCUAUCCAAUACUUCCAGAAUAUUCUGAAAGCAACCACCCAGGUGGAAGCCAAACUGUGUGCUGUGGAAGAAGAUACUUUUGAGGUUUACCUUUAUGUAACUAUAAAAAAUGAAAAAGUUUGCGUUAAUGACGACUUGGUUGCAAAGAACUUUGCGUGUUAUGCAUCACCCAAGGAGAGCAGGAAAUUGGAUUCUGUAGAGAAACCCGAACUCAAUGUGAAGUCUGCAUCUUUCUCCAGAAAACUCAACCCAGCGCUUACACUUUGGCCAAUGCUUUUGCAAGGAAAAAGUUUCCAAGGACCAGAAAAUAAAACUGGGAAGUGUAACAUGGAUUCCACGGGAGAUUCACCUAUAAAUCAAUCUGAAAAGAAACAGCAGUACAUCUCUUUGAAAGAUGUAAAUAAGUGCAUUGCAUCUUCAGCGAACUGGCCAACUAAAAGAGGACUAACCAUAUAUGCUGACCCAGAUAUCCCACAAUGUGUUUUGAUUUCUAGUGCGCCAAGUGAGAAGCCGCUUCGACUGGCGGAGAAGGAGGAGUGUGAUGAGAAGAAUGGCUGUGUGAAACUCCUGCAGUUUCUAAAUCCGGACCCUUUGAGAGCUGAUGGAAUCUCUGAUCUGCAGCAGUUGCAGAAGUUGAAGUCGCAUGUUUGGCCCCCCGUCGCGGUGCUGCGGAGCAGGAUUGAGCCCUGUCUAACCAUUGAUACGUCCCCACUCUCAGCCAACCUGAAGAAGGCUCUUCAGAGAAACAAGUACCCUGGACCCAGCCACACAGAAUCCUACUCAUGGCCUCCCAUAGCACGAGGCUGUGAUGUGGUGGUCAUCUCUCAAUGUGGAAAUGACCCUCUGCUGUACCUCCCACCAAUGCUUACGAUUUUGCAAACAGGGAGCUGCUACAAGUCACUGCCAAGCAGAAGCGGACCUCUUGCAGUCAUCGUGUGCCCUGGGUGGAAAAAGGCCCAACUUAUUUUUGACUUAUUAGAAGACUAUAGCAUGUCCUCAAGGCCUCUUCAUCCCAUGCUGUUAACAAUCGGACUUCACAAAGAUGAAGCCAAAAAUAUGAAGCUCCCCAGGGGGUGUGAGGUGAUUGUUACAACCCCACAGAGCCUCCUGAGGCUGCUCACAUACCAAAGCUUGCUGUUCCUCAGGCUCUGCCACCUGGUUCUGGAUGAGGUGGAAGUGCUGUUCUCGGAAGCCAAGGAGCAGAUGUUUGCUGUAUUAGAUAACUUUAAAAAAAACAUUGAUGUUGAAGAGAGAGAGUCUGCGCCGCAUCAGAUCAUUGCAGUUGGAGUUCGUUGGAACAAACAUAUCGAGCACUUAAUCCGAGAGUUCCUGAAUGACCCCUACAUUGUGAUCACAGCCAUGGAGGAGGCUGCUCUCUAUGGCAACGUCCAGCAGGUAGUGCAUCUUUGCCUGGAGAGUGAAAAAACCUCCACUCUCCUCCAGGUUCUGGAUUUCAUUCCAAGCCAGACACAGAAGACCUUGAUCUUCACCUGCUCGGUGGCUGAAGCAGACAUCGUAUGUAAGGUAGUAGAAAGCAGUUCCAUAUUUUGCUUGAAAAUGCAUAAAGAAACGAUUUUUAACUUGAAAAAUGUUUCGGAACAGUGGAAGAAGAAGCUGAGUUCUGGCUCCCAGGUUGUUCUAGCCCUGACAGACGACUGCAUCCCACUCCUGGCCAUCACGGAUGCCACGUGUGUGAUUCACUUCAGCUUCCCUUCCUCACCGAAAGUGUUUGGUGGCCGGCUGUACUGCAUGUCUGAACACUUUCAUAGCCUGACUGAACAGGGUUCUCCCGCAGAACAGGGAGACAGAAGGACCAAGUCCGUCCUGCUGCUCACGGAGAGGAACGCGAGCCAUGCCAUCGGUGUCCUGCGCUACUUGGAGCGAGCAGAGGCCAAAGUCCCAUCGGAGCUGUAUGAGUUCACCGCAGGGGUUCUGGAAGCCAAAGAGGAUAAGAAGGCCCAAAGCCCGCUUUGUCUCUGCCUGAAAGCUUUUGGAUUUUGCAAAGACCAAAGGGUUUGUCCUGAUCGACACCACAUUAAUCCAGAAAUAGACAUGCCCAGGGAAUUAUCCAACCAAGCCCUGCCCACGUCUGGAUACAUUAAAAUAAUACCAUUUUAUAUUUCAAAUGCAACCAAUUAUUUUGGCCGUAUAAUUAACAAAUAUGUUGAUCUUUAUGCAACUCUUAAUGCUGAAAUGACUGAAUAUUUUAAGGAUUCCAAUAAUAAAACAACUGUGGAAAAGGUGGAGAAAUGUGGAUUGUACGGAUUGGCAGAGAAAACACUUUUUCACAGGGUUCAGGUGUUAGAGCUGAACCAAAAAGAAGACACUUGGGCUCUGGACAAUGUCCUGGUGAAGUUCAUAGACGAAGGCAGGACCGGACUAGUUCCCAGAGAGCAACUGUGGCAUCUCCCAGAGCAGUUCCACGCUCUUCCCCCGCAGGCUGUGGAGUUCAUUGUUUGCAGGGUGAAGCCAGCUGAUAAUGAAGUAGAGUGGAACCCAAAGGUGACUAGGUACAUUCAUCAUAAAAUUGUUGGAAAGUUGCAUGAUGCAAAAGUAAUACUGGCUUUGGGAAAUACAGUUUGGGUUGAUCCAAUGGUACAUGUUACAAAACUUGCAAAUUUGAAAACAUCUGUCAUUGAUUAUAAUGUUCGAGCCGAAAUUUUGUCAAUGGGAAUGGGCGUUGAUAACUCAGAACAUGUAGAAAAACUGAAAAAGUUAUACGAAGACGUGAAAAUGCCGACUUCUGAAGGAAGUCCAAGCCAAGCCCCGACGCCUCCUUCAGCAGAUGCUGCUGGCCUCCUGCGCUCACAACAAGGGGACCACGGGGCAAGAGGUGCCAACUCCGAGACAAACUCAGAAAACCAAAAGCCUGAAACAUUAUCUGAAAACACUGGAGGUGCCACCAUUAGCCAGACCCGAAAACCACAUGGGAAAAGCUUCCACCCACAAAUAAAAUGGUUCCAAAAAGAUGAUGCUGUCAUCUUAAAGAUUCAGUUGAAGAAUGUAAAAGACUACCAAUGUAAAUAUUUUGCAGACAGAGUGGUCUUUAGUGCCUGGGUGGGAGAUAAAUUCUACAUGGCUGAUAUGGAGCUGCAAGCCAACAUAAUAAAAGAUGACUGCACGUGUAUCAUAAAAAAUGAUGAACCGAUGAUUACGCUUGUCAAAGAGAAAAGGGAGUCUUGGUGCAGCCUGCUCAAACAGAGGAAUCCUAACGUGACCUUUGAUUUUGAUCACUGGGAAGAGUGUGAAGAGGAGAGCCACUUCCCUAAGGUUGUGAAAUCUAAAAGCCUUCCCUACAAAGUGGCAGAGAUGGCCGAACAAAGCAGCAGCUCUUCGGAGGAUUCUGGGAGUGACAGCGAGUCGGACUGACACUCGGCAGAACAGCCCAGAGACUUGGAACAACAGUGG